AUGGCCCCUCAUUCUGCCUUAUCGACCUCGACGUUUUAUCUCUCCUACAGCGACUGGCUGGAACCUUCACCUUUCACCGUGAAGAAACCUGACUACGCGCAAUGCGCCAUUCCAGGAUGUCAAGCCUAUGCUCUCUUUGGUCAUCCUCGGUGUAGGAUUUGUGGAGGAUCGUACUGCUACGAUCAUGUUGAAGAUAUCUCAACGCACAUCUGCUACACCGACCCACCUCGGGAGUACAUAUAUCCAUAUAAGAGUGUAGUGGAAGAAGAAAUCGCUGAAAUCAUCGAAGUGAUUGAUUUUGACAAAGUGACGGAAGAAGUAGAAACCCUUCGACCUCCUCAUAAAUGCAUUUCCAUCGAUAAAUUCGAAAGCCCCUAUCACGUCAAUCCGCUUAAUGGAUCCUUCAACUUUCACUUGCUCAUCGAAUUUGAAGAUGGUAUGAAUUGGAUGAUGAGGAUCAGAAGGAAACAGAGUAGAUCUCAACCUGAGACUGCUAUAGAGAUGUGUCAUAGGAGCGAAAUGGCUACUAUGAAAGCUAUGCGGGAUGGCGGAGUUAAGAUACCGAAAUGUUAUGAAAGACCUAAGGAUAGUCGAGUCUCAUCUGAGCUGAUCUACUUCUAUCAAGAUUUCGUGGAAGGAGGUCAUACUACUCUUGCUUUCCGCAUGGAUGGACCCGUAUAUGGCUAUAAACCUAUCGCCAAGGCCUUCAUGCUUAGCUACGCAGCUUGGAUGAUCUCUUUCGAAAAAGUCACUUUCGAUAAAGUGGGCAGUUUAGCAUUAGGUGAAAAUGGUUUGGUGGUAGUCGGUCCGCAUAUAGAGAGGGAUCGAACUGCAUCACUUGAACCUCCAUAUUUCGCUGGUCCGUUCAAUACCGCGAAGGAAAGAUGGUUAUCCACUAUCGACUGGAGGAUGAAGUCGAUCCUGGAUAAGAAAGAAUGUCCACCGUCAGAAGAACUUCUACGUUACUUGAUCAUGUUAGAGAUGAAAGACUUGGUUUCAGGUUGUGAAGAGUUGGAGAAGGGACCAUGGUACAUCAAACAUUACGAUCUACAUGGUAGGCAAUUCAAGAUUGAUAUGGAUACGGGUGAGAUGUACGCUCUUCUAGAUUGGGAAUGGGCAUCUCUCUCUUGUAAAGGGGAAGCUUUCACUCCUCCAGAGUUCUUUCGCUUAAGUCCUGACCGAUAUGAAAACGAUUUAGGAGACAAGGAAGCUCUCUUAGUAGAUUGUUACCGUGAACUAGGAAGACCGGAUUUGGCAGAUCUGAGUAUAGGAUCUAGGAAGUACCAUUGGUUACAGAAUAUAGUACUGCGUUCAUACGACAAUUUGGAAGCGCUGAACGGUGCUCGUAAUGCUUUCACGUCUAGGUUAGAGGGAUUGGACAACCAGCCGCAAACGUUGGAAGAGUGGAAAGAAAUCAUGUUAAAACGUUAUCGGGAGGAUAAAGGUGUGAAGUUGUUGGUUGCAAAACAGAGAGAAGGUGGCCCUCCUGAUGUACGGAAUAUCACCGAAAGCAAGAAGAAGAAGAAAUUUGGAGUAGACAAGGAGACGGAACGUAUUUCAGUUGAGGUGGUAGAGACAGCAUUGUAA